UCGAUUUGUGGCUGGGAUUGGUGAAAAGGUGCGCGUUGAGAUGAAUUACUUUCAUCUAACCGGUGAAAUGCCCCAUUGUAAUGAAGACUUCUUAGAUGUCUACAUUGAUGUUGCCUCUUCUUCUUUGGAUAUUGAUCGUGAAAGUGCCUUGCUGAGUUAUUUGGCAUCAGGAGAACCUCACACAACAACACCGUUUUCAGCUGCAACCUAUUCAUCCGUGUUGGAUCAGUCAGCAUUAUUAGGUCGAUACUGCGGUGGGCAUUCUUCACAUCGCCCGACUGUGUUCAUCAGUCUACACCGUGAAAUUGUACUAGAUUUCUACGCAAGCACAAACAGAAUUAAUAACAACAGAAUAUACAGCUCGAAACAGACAUAUGGAUUUAACGGUUCUUUCGAAUUUAUCAGCGAUGCUGUUUUCUAUCCAGGACGCGCACUGUCUGCAAAUGAAAUGCGACUUCCAUACAAAUUUCCAACUACUUCGAGCUGCCGUUUUAGAGUUACUAGCAACGCUGAAAGAAUUGUCGACCAGGACUUCAGUUCCCCUCAAUCAUCCGACACAACUGGAGAGCUGAUUUCUCCUACUUAUCCAGGAUUUCAUCCAGAUGGCUUAUUUUGUCUUUAUCAACUGGUCGGUACUCAAACACAAAGGAUCAAUAUUGAUGUGUUAGAUGUGGACUUACCAACACAAGAUUCAACAUGUCCAAUUGAUUAUCUCAAUUUCUAUGAUGGACUCAGCAUGGAGGCGUCAAAAUCUAUACUGGGCACGCCAUUCUGUGGUUCCGGCAAACGUAUCCGCAUUGUGUCCUCUGGCUCGGCUUUCCUGAUCCUUUUUGUAACCGGAACGUGGUCGGCUAUCAGUUGGGAUGAAAGUGGCACUGGCUCACGAUCAAAACGUCAAGGUUUCCGCUUACUGUACCAUUUUUCGGAAACAUUUCUUCCCAUCAGCCUAAAGUACUCAAUGAACCACAUACGCGGAACCGAAUGUGAUUACCUUAUACGGAGCCAUGGACUAACCGAGGCAACGUUUGAGUCACCGACAUCCAAAGGCGGUAGAUUAUUGUAUCCCGACCGGUUAUGCACUUUCUAUUUUAUGGGAACAUUCGAGAGACAAUACUUGGAAACUGUGCGCAUUACUUUCGAUCAUCUCGUCUUGCCAAAGCCAAGCGGUUCCGGUGAGCGGUGA